CAGAGGGAGGUUCCCCCAGGCCAGGCUGACACAUUGUGCUAACACUGCAUGCGCUGACGACGCCGGUGAAUUUUAAUAGUUUUUCUAGAAUUUGAUAUUUACGAAGGCCUGUUGGUUCCACACCCAAAGAAAUUCAAAAUGGCACAAAACGGUUCUGACGCCAAAAGGCCUAAGCUGGCUGAUGAGCUGGCAAUGUUUGAUGAAGUCUUCCCAAUGUUGAUGAAUGAUCUGGAGAAACACGGUGUACGAGAUCCCGAAACUUCUGGUGCGGUUGCUUGGUUUAAAAGGGCAGCACUUUACAAUGUGCCACACGGAAAGAAGAAUCGAGGAAUUUCAGUUGUGCAGACAUACAGACACCUUGUGGAAGAUCCCACUGAAGAAAACCUGAAGAUUGCUCGGGUAUUAGGAUGGGGCGUGGAGUUCUUGCAAGCGUAUUUCCUGGUUGCUGAUGACAUUAUGGACCAGUCUAUUACUCGCCGAGGUCAGCCGUGCUGGUAUAAACAGGAGGACGUCUCUCUCACGGCCAUCAACGAUUCCUUCUUCCUGGAGAGCACUAUCUAUCAGAUGCUGAAAAAAUACAUCAGAGAACAACCCUAUUAUGUCAAUGUGUUGGAACUGUUUUUGGAGGUGAAUUAUCAGACGGUGACUGGCCAGUGUUUGGACAUGACCACUGCUCUCCCAGAGGGAAAUGUCGACUUCACACAGUUCACCAUGGAGAGGUACAGCGCUAUCGUCAAGUGGAAAACAGCUUUCUACUCCUUCUACCUCCCUGUAGCUUUAGCUAUGCACAUGGCUGGAAUAUCAGACGAUGAUUCCCACAGCAGAGCUAAGAACAUUCUGCUACAGAUGGGACACUUUUUCCAAGUUCAGGAUGACUACCUGGACUGCUAUGGCAAACCUGAAGUCAUUGGCAAAAUCGGCACAGACAUUGAGGACAACAAGUGUGGCUGGCUCAUCGUGAAAGCGCUGGAGAUUGCAUCCAAGGAGCAAAUUGAAAUCCUGAAGGCAAACUAUGCUCGCAAAGAUGAAUUGUGUGUGCAGAAAGUGAAGGCAGUGUACAAAGAACUGGAUCUGGAAGGAGUUUAUCGCAAGUACGAAGAUGACAGCUACAGAGACCUUAUCAAACUCAUCAACGAAACCAGUGGAAACCUGCCAAAGGACAUAUUUAUCGACUUUGCCAAGAAAAUAUUUAAAAGAGAGAAGUAAAGAACUGUUGCUUGUGAUGGCCAUGUUUGUGAAAAUGAGCUACAGACAGUUGUAAAAUGCGAAUGAAAGUUUGGCAGAUGUAAUCAGAGAUUGAUUUGAGUGAUAUAGAUGUUAUAUGGAUUUUUGCCUUUGUGAAGUUCAUGGUUUGUUUGUGUUGAGGCUGUUUGUUUGUCUUGAGGCCAGUUAAAAUGGAGUACAUAUUGCUGAGGGUGCAGCUCUGAGAUGGCCUUUGUAUUUUUGCAUAGGCUGAUGUUUGUAUUUUUUCUCACGCAAAUUUUUAUCCUUUAAGUGUAGAGUUUUUUCUUUGUAAGAAAGAGUUUAUUCUAUGUAGGAGUUGAUGUCAACCUAGGAAUGUGACCCAACAUCAUUAGUGUUGAUUUUUAUUCCGUGUUCGGCAAUUUGUGCUAUGUUUUAACUGGUCACUAGAGAAACUCUACUUUGACAGUUGAAAAAAUAAUGUAAUCUGUGAGGACUGCAUUGACAAAUAUGUCAUUUUAGUACCCAAGUGACAGAAGUUUGUGAGUUAAUUGCUUUGACAUAAUUUGAUCUCUGAUUUCUAUUUUGUUUCCUCAAAGCAAUAUGAGUACUCAGUAUUUAUGCCAUGGACCAAGUUUUCUCUUAGGGAAAAGCUAUUUUUUCCCCCUCUUCUCCGACACUCAUUUUUUUCUUUGCAUUUCGGGGUAAGGACUCUCAAAAGGAAGGGUAGUCAGAUCUAGUUUUGACGACAUUCAGUGCCAUAUGGUUGUAUGCGAGGAGUAAAGGUCAGGUGCAGUAGUAAAGAGGUUAUUUUAAUACACAUUAUGACAUUUGGAUCUGAAAUACAAUGUGUCUAGUCCCGACGGAUAUGAAUGAAAGCCACAUCGUGUGAGAUGUGUGUGCUCUCCCUGUCUGGGCAUGCAUUCUCCUUUGUCUUGUUCUUCUUGUUAGUGUAACAUUCUUGUGCUGAUUUGUAAUUCUGAAUCUAAAGAGUGCAUGUCAUCAAUGUUUUCAUUGUUCUUGUUGUAGUUUUGGUAUGUAGAUUAUGUUGUCAAGUAUGGUAUACGUCAUGACUGACAGGAAUACUUUAACAAUGGUGCUAACUUAAGGGGGGAGAGGGGUGAGGGUGGGAGGCAUUCCAUUACAGCUGAUGGUUCUGAAAGUUUUGUAAUGAUUUCUAAUGCUUUUCCUAUGUCAUUAGUGAGCAGUGAAAGAAAUAGUCUGUUUUGUUAUUUCUGACCUGUCUGAUCUAUUAAUUGCCAUUUUAUGAAUAGUACUCUUGAUUUGACUUUAUCCCCCCUGGGGCUGUGCCACUGACUGAAGUGUCUUUAGGCCAUUCACAAAGGGGGGACAUUUACUUGUUCAUGCAGUAGAAUUGUA